GCAAGUAGUGCGCCUGCGCUGCAUGCUCGCGGCGGGGAGAGCGGACCGAUUUGGUUCCUUUGGUGAAUCUGAGGCGACCCCGCGGAGGGAGGGUGGCUACGAGCCAUGGGUAAGGAGCAGGAGCUGCUCGAAGCGGCGAGGACUGGCAAUGUGGCCGUGGUGGAGAAGCUGCUGAGCGGCAGGCAUCGGCUGUCGGCAGGCAGCGGCGGAACGGUGUCUCUGCCCCAGCUUUCCAACCUUCUCAGCAUUUGGAGAGGACCAAAUGUCAACUGUGUCGACACCUCAGGUUAUACUCCACUGCACCACGCUGCUCUUAAUGGACAAAAGGAAGUUGUUGAAAUGCUACUGAAGAAUGAAGCUUCCACUAACAUUGCAGAUAACAAGGGGUGUUAUCCACUUCAUCUUGCUGCUUGGAAAGGGGACUCACAUAUAGUCAGGCUUCUUAUUCAUCAAGGACCAUCCCAUGCAAAAGUCAACGAACAGAAUGCUAUUGAGAGCAAAGACCUCAAAAAGUAUGGCCCUUUUGACCCUUAUAUCAAUGCCAAGAACAAUGACAAUGAGACAGCCUUGCACUGUGCAGCACAGUAUGGUCACUCUGAUGUUGUAAAAGUUCUUCUUGAGGAGCUCACUGAUCCUACAAUGAGAAACAACAAAUUUGAAACACCGUUGGACUUGGCUGCAUUAUAUGGGAGGCUUGAGGUGGUGAAAAUGCUGUUAAAUGCCCACCCAAACCUAUUAAGCUGUAACACCAAGAAGCACACACCACUUCACUUGGCAGCAAGAAAUGGGCAAAAGGCAGUAGUAGAAGUCCUUUUGGAAGCAGGCAUGGAUAUCAACUAUCAGACAGAGAAAGGCAGUGCACUUCAUGAGGCUGCCUUGUUUGGGAAGACUGACGUGGUCCAGAUACUCUUGGCAUCUGAAAUUGAUGUUAAUAUUAAAGAUAUCCAAGGAAAGUCUGCACUAGAAAUUGUACGAGAGCAUCCAGCUCAGAAAAGCAAAGAGAUAGCAACUCUUAUUCAAGAUCAUAUGGCAGGAAAAGAGAUCCUGAAGAAUACAGCAAGUCCAGUUGCAGUGUCCAAACUACCGCAAAUUUCUAUUGCUGAGUGCAAUAAAAAAUCUAAGGGUGAAGAACAAAUGGAAUUAACAAAACUUAUUACAGAAUUUGAAAGCCAGCCAGCUGACGAAUGUCCAUACGAAGCUUUGUGCAAUGCAACUUCACACUCUAUAGAAAAUUUGAAAGCAUCUGACAAAGAAACAAGUUCAAGUCAAGAAUUAGUCAAGGAUUCUGAUGUGAAGCAGACUCCAGAAAUGUUUGAGGAAGAUGAGAAUCCCUAUGAGCUUCUCCUGACUGCAGAAACAAAGAAGUUAACAACUUUGGAUGUAUCCCAACAUGAAGCAGAAAGUACAGGUGAGAAGGCUGGUCCUGAUUCUAUAUCCUCUGAAGUGGUAACCAAACCUGUUCGGAACUUCACCUCAUCUCAGAUUCCGGAUUUACUUGCACCUGGCGAUAUUCACUCAGAUAGAAGUCAAGAGGCCAACUUGUCAUGUAGCAAUAAACCAAACCUUGCACUCAACCUUAAGUCGCCAUCUAUUAUUGUUACCCAAGAUCACAUGAAUAGUGAGGUUGAAUCUCAGGAUAUCAACAUUCCUGAGCAGUUUUCGGGACUUCUACAUGGGUCACCUCCAAUCUCUGAGAUUCAGAACGAUCCAGUCACUCUACUAGCUGCUUUGAGCAAAGGGGGAGUGGAAGCUGAAGCGAUGCAAAGCAGAGUCUUGCCAGAGAGGCAACACUGUGCAACAGGGCGGGCAGUGAACACUGACAUUAAGAACUCUGCAGCAGAUAUUGCUGAGCAAAAAGGGGAGCAGGUAAUCCAUAAUACCGUACGUGACAUCCACAUCAGCCAGACGGAUCCUGUAAAUUCUAAGUCUGUUCAACGUGAUAUUCCAUUCAGCAAGGGAAUAGAAAGACGGACAUGUACUUCAGAAAGGGUACGACCUAGUGGAAAGGGUAAAGCCGACCUGAAAUUUGCAAGAACUUUGUCAAAAUCGGAUUCAGAGCUCAUUAUAUGUCCUCCAUCUGAAGAAGAUAUGCUGGGAAGUCGUAGUGAGUCUCUUUCAAACUGCAGUUCUGUGAAGAAACGGUUAGAAAAAUCGCCAUCCUUUCAGUCAGAAUGGGAGGAGCAGAAACCUGUACUUCCAGUAUCUAAUCCUCACAGAUCUAAGUCUGUGUGCAGUAUUGAAAAAAUAAUGAGUUCCAUUGGUGCAGGGAUUGACAGUGACUUCAGAAAAGAACGACAGAAUGCUUCAGGUUCAAGGAUGCUGGAGCAGAGUGUCGGCCAGUGGCUUGAAUCGAUUGGGAUGCAACAGUAUGAAAGUAAACUGGUGCUGAGUGGGUUUGAUGAUGUGCGCUUCAUGGGGGCUAACAUAAUGGAAGAACAGGACUUGCGAGAACUUGGAAUUCAUGAAGCAACACAUCGGCGCAAGAUUCUUCAAGCUGCACGUUCACUUCCAAAGAUUAAACCAUUUGGUUUUGAUGGAAACAGCAAUACUUCAAUCGUAGCAUGGUUAGAAUCACUUGGACUACAGGAUUACAGUCAGACGUUUUUGUCCAGUGGAUACAAUUCAAUGGAUAGUGUGAAAAACCUCUGGGAACUGGAAAUUGUAAACGUGCUGAAAAUAGCCUUACUUGGUCAUCGGAAGCGAAUCUUAGUAUCUCUUGGAGACCGACCUUAUGAAGAACCACCUCAAAAACCACCGCGGUUGUCCCAACUAAAGGAUGACCAGCGUGAGUCGAGAUUAACGCUUCGUCCACCAAGUUUAGCAACGCCAUAUGCUCCUGUUCAGAACUGGCAGCACCAACCAGAGAAGCUUAUCUUUGAAUCUUGUGGCUAUGAGGCUAACUAUUUGGGUUCCAUGCUGAUUAAAGAACUAAAGGGGACUGAAUCAACACAAGAUGCUUGUGCAAAGAUGAGGAAAUCGACUGAACAAAUGAAAAAGAUCCCAACUAUUUUCCUCUCCAUCACAUAUAAGGGUGUAAAAUUCAUUGAUGCCUUCAACAAGAAUAUUAUUGCUGAACAUGAAAUCCGCAAUAUUUCCUGUGCAGCCCAGGAUCCUGAAGAUCUCUGUACUUUUGCUUACAUCACUAAAGACCUGCAGACAAAUCACCACUAUUGUCAUGUUUUCAGCACACUUGAUGUAAAUUUAACGUAUGAAAUCAUCCUUACACUAGGACAGGCAUUUGAAGUGGCAUACCAGCUUGCAUUGCAAGCCCAGAAACCUGGUCGGAAGUCAUUUCUCACAGCUGAGCCAGAGACAGAGGAAAUGAGGUCAUCUAAACCAGUUCCUAAACCACGAUCCAGCAUGAGAAAAUCUACUGUGCAGCCACCUAACAGCAGAUGCUAUUACUGUCACACGUGCACUACUCACAGGCCUUCGCAUCCGCUUCUCCCGCUUCAUUCGUUCAGCCAAGGAGUCCAGAUUGACUCUAUUGAGCAAGAUGCUCAAUCACAUGGCAGUGUGGCAUGGAUAGCAGACUCUAAGCAGGAUUCCAAGAGGACAAUCAGUACAAAGUAUGAAACCACCAUAUUCUGACCACCUUCUGCUCCGACUUCUACUCCGUGCCUUUGCACUAUGAAUCUGUUCCACCUCUCCGCUUCCUAAUGCGGUACUCAAAAGCUGCUUUCACUCUCUUACCCAGAAGGAAACUUGUACUUGUGUUUCCUGUGCCGUACUGUAUUAUUCAACAAUAGCUGCCUUCAGACAUCCUGGGGAUCUUCAGCUACUUAAAAAAAGAAGCUCUGAAAUUUACUUGGAAAUCUUAUUUCAUGCCUGAACUUUGAAAUAGUCUAACUUCCCAACACUGUGAGCUAUUGCACUGUUAAUUAAUCCACCCAAAUGCUACUAAAAGGCAUAUGUAAAUGUUGCAUGCAUUAUUACUUGGACUUGUUGCAUCUCCUUCCAGAACCACAGAUCUCAGUAGAUACUAAUGAUUGGAUGUUUCUACUGAUGGAUCUAUUGUGCUUUUUUAACACAUUGCAUUUUCUUUUUACUUUGUUUCUUAAACACUGAUUUAAGCAAUUUCUUAACUCGUGCCUCAUCUGAGCUAUCUUGCUGUUUGGUUAAUUCCAAACUAAUUAAAGAAGGAUGGAGUUAUGGUUUAGCCAAAUUGGCUUAAAUUAAUAUAAAGGAAAUUUCAUUUGUGUUGUAAUUUUUUAAGAGUUUCUACCACACAAAAAGAAUCAAGAUUUCUCUAGUUUGUUUUAUUGACCAAGAAAGGCCAAAUGACUGCAACCAGAUUGGCCACACAAUUUUUAAAAUUAAUUUUUACUUCAGAAUGCAGCACGUCUAAAAGAAUUGAUGUUUUUAGGAAGGUUACUUUGACACGUAUGUUUAGACAUGUGCCAUUUAGCAUUUUUAAGUAAUUGAAUUAGAGAAUUUCUCUACUUUUUCAGUCCAGAAUGAUCAAAUAUAUUGCCAUUUCAGAGAUUACAUUGAGAUUAACUAUUUAACUCUAGUCUGUUUGUAACAGUUGCAUUUUUGACGUCUACUGAAUACUCUUUUUAAUUCAGAGUUAUUUUAUUCAAAUUAUGGAUUUUUUUGGGCUAAGUUUCUACCUUAUUAUUUAUGUGCUAAAUUUAGGUUGUUGAAUCAUUCAGAUUUUAUGAAAUACAAAAAAACUUUAAAACAUCUGUACCAUUAGGAUCAUCUGCAUUGGUUAUUUUAGUAGAGUUUCUGUUCACUAUUUACGUACACUGUGGACCUAUGCAAUUGCAUGCUAUCCAUCAGUGUGUGGAAUUAUUGAUUUUUCUUUACCAUACUUUGUUUACCUUUUCUCAGAAUUAUUGCACGUGAUAUUUUAUAACGUCAAACUUUUCAAUUGUAUUCUUGCCUUUCCACUUUUUAUUGUGCUUAGAGGGCUUUACUUAUCAAAUGAACUGUGUUCUUUCAUGGUCUGUAAAUGAGGCUCUUAACAGCAAUAUUUCUUGCCUGCAGAGAUUCCAAAACCUUCAAACUAAUAACAAAUCAGUCAAGAUCUAUGCAGGAAAUAGAUAACAACAUUUUUGUGCUGAAGGAAUGUCUGCAUCUAAAAUAUUAAUUUAUGUUCUCAAUAGUGAUUAUGACGAUUUUAGUGCUUCCAGCAAUUCCAGUUUUUGCUCGAUUUGCACCAUCUUCACUGUCUUAUUUUUCUUUAUCUAAUGAAAUGUUAGGUAAAUCGAAAGAUAAAAUGAUAUUGCAUUUCAGGAUUUGAGAAAUGCUGACCAUUGUAACAGCAUUUUGAAAAUAUUCUUUGCACCAGCUAUGAAUUUCUAAUGGCGAGUUGAUUUUUAAGAGAUUCAGUAACUUUUAGGUUGUUAUGAUAACAGCUUAAUAACAGUUGCAGUUUGCAAUAAGCUUAAUGUAAUUAUCUUAUUACAAUAGUACCUUUCUAUAAAUAUAGUGUCCACAAGCUUUUGCAUAAAUAUUAAGAGUGUACAGGAAAAUCACCUACUGGAUGCUAUUAGAUAUGGCUAUGCAUUCAAGUUAUCUUAAUGAUGGAUGGCUAUUGAAUGGAAAAAUUUCCAAUGUGAUCUGUUUUGUACCCAGAAAUAACAUAUUUGGUAAUGUUGCAUUUACAAAAUAUGUUGGAAUCAUUUGCAGCAGAGGCAAAGCAAACGAUUGAACGAUUUCUAACCUGCCUUUAGCACUAAGAGCAACCUAGUCAGGUGCCAGCAACACCCUUUUUAACUUGUGGUUCACUGCCUCUCAUUGAUCUCUGCAGCUGUCAAGAAUGCUGGCUGCUCCAUUUUUCCCUAUCCUUUCUUUCAUAACAUUAUGACUCCUUUGCAGGUGACUUAAAUGAUUUCUGUUCCUAUGUCCAAAAUGUGCGGUGAAUGGGUUUGCCUCAGACUCUCUUACGAUCAGUAACACAGCAAUAUAAAUGUACAACUUUUUUGAUAACAUUAUUCUGCUGUCAUGGUUAAUUCAAAGUCUACAGCUGUCCUUUCUGACUGGUGACCUAAUAAUAUCUGCAUAACCAAAGUCAUCUCACCAUCAGCAAAAUAUUAGCAAUUCAUAUUGGAUUUUGCCAGCUAUAGCUUUCAUACUGAACCCAGCUAUCUGUUCAGGCUGAAUCUGGUAUCCAAACUGGGGUUGGCCAGCAUGAUCUGUUGCAUCAUCAUCCUCUGAUUUGUUAAUUUGGUAAUUAUUGUCUUCACUGACAUAUUUCCAUACAUCCAAAUCCCAUCCUUAAAGUAAAUAAAUCCAUAACUGUAAGGUCCCUAGCCUUUCUAGCAAAAUAUUCCAUGAAUCUAUCAUGUCAGGAUGCUUACAAUCCAGAUUAAUUUCUCGGUCCUCUUUCUACUUUGAAUUUAAUUUAGUCUUGUUGCAUCCUUUGAGUGAUUUUCUCCAGCCAUAUUUUAAAACCACUGGUUUAUUUUCCUUGAUUCUAGAUUAUGGCUAAUUCCAGUCUAUCAGAAAAUAAUUUUUCAUUCACCUUGAUUCUGAUCUCUAGAUUUCCAAAUCUCCCUGCAUCAGAAGCUACUUAGUUCCGUCACUGUACAUUUGGUUCUGACUUCAACCAAUCUGUGCUCAUUGCUCACCUGUCUGCUUUGUAAAAUACUUUUGAGAUGUUCUUUUGUUUGAGUGGAGAUAUAAAUGUUAUACCUGUAGAUAUUUUGCUACAUCAAUGUUUUGGCAUCUACGAUUCAUUCAAACUUGUAUUGGAUCCCUGAAAAUUGAAUAUUGAAUUCUGACUGGAUUAUGGUGUGUCAGAAAUUUAACCUUGAAUUACCUCAGCAAGGGCAUCAAAUACAAUUUGUUUAAUAAUCGAACAGUGCUUUUCUAUUGAAGGAUAUCUCCAAGUAUUGUACAGAUCAGGAUUUAUCAAAUGUUUGAAUUCAAUAAUAUCCAUACUAAAUAACCAAUUUGUAUAUUAUAAUGUUACCAGAAAAUUAAUUAGUUGGAGUUAGGUUUACAAAGAUAGUUGUAAAAACUGAAAAAAACUGUGGAUGAUGUAAAGCAGCAACAGAAAUAGAAAUUGCUGGAAAUUUUCAGCAGGUCUAGCAGUAUCUAUGGAGAAAAAUAAGAGUUCUGAGAAAGGGUCACUUGACCUGAAAUGUCAGUUCUGAUUUCUGACCACAGGUGAUGCCAGACCUGUUGAGCUUUUCCAGCAAUUUCUGUUUUUGUUUCUGAAGGUAAUUGUAUUCAGUUACUUAUCCAUGUAAAAACAGAAGAGGAACUGAGUGGUCCACUGCUGCUCCAAACUUGUAUUUUCAAGAGUAAUCACGUGCAUCACCUUAUAAUCAAUCCCUCCAUGAUUUGAUUAGGUUGUUUUAAGCUUAAACUGAUUUGUUACAUCACUGUGACUUAACAUCUAAUGUUGGAGUAGAACAGGUAGUAAUAGGCACAAGAGAAACUUAAGCUAUAGGAUUUAGUACAUAACUAGUAAAGAUCAUUCAGAAUAGGUAGACUGAAGUUCUUGUUGGACUUGAGCAAGUAGUGAGUAGAUUUCUGUAAUUAAAAGUCAUCAGAUACAUAGUUGGAAAGGAAAGAUGAAGAGUGCAAAAUCUACUGAAAAGCUAAUUUCAAAUUCAUACUAGUUACCAGAUGCGCAAUGUUGAACUAUUAUUUGUUUUUUAUUUUCCUUAAGGAAUGAGAGGCUAGUUCCAGCAUCCUGUGUGAAAAUGGAUUUGGUAUCAAAUAGUGUCUUGCCUAAUGAGAUAUUUUAUAUAUACAGAUCCAGUAGCAGGAAUAGUGAAUGAGGCUAAUAGCUAAUUUAAAUUCAUCAAAGAGAAUUCAAGGUUUAAAAAAAUUACCUUCAAAAAUAAUUACAUUAAAACAUUGUAAGAACAUUUAUAACUGUCCUUACUACUGUAUAUUCAUUAAGUUUGCAACUGCCUGAAGUAAUGGGGAGACUUUAUAAAAACAUUGCUACAUUUUCAGGUAAUUUUUUGCUUUAAAAUAAUUGGUUAUACUAUGCGAACUAAAGAUGUAUACGAGUGUACAAGUACAUCUUUAGUUCCUCUGAAAUGUUUUUUAAAAGUUUUUCAUUUCGGAUUAAAAGAAAGAUACCAUUCCUGUACAUAAAGGUAAAACUGUGGGGAAGUAUAUUUAUUUAUUAUAAAUCAUAUUGGAAAAUAAUAGAUACUUUAUGAAAAAAUUCCAAAGACCUGGAGAUGCUAGGAAUAGAAAUAAAAACAGAAAUUUCUGGAAAAGCCCAGCAGGUCUGGCAGCAUCUGCAGAGA